AUGCUCAUCGGCCGCCUGCAAGCGAGAAUUGGGGGCACCGAAUCCUUUCCUGCGCCCGUGAACGGUCUAACCGACGACCUCAUAUCGACUUCUGGAGACGUCCACCUUUAUGCCAACCCAGAUACUCAUUAUGAGAAACACCCCGUCUUACUUGCCGACUACGAAGGCCUAGGUGGCGGCCAAAAUGUACCAGGAGCCAAGGAACAUCAGAGCAGUGGAAAGGUCUGCACGGCGAAAGUUCCAGCGAAAGAUCGGAUGGGCCAAAGACUCCAGAACCUCCUCCAGAGUGUAUGCUGUGAAGUGACAUUUCAAUCAGAUGUUCUGGUGAACUUGGUGGAAUGGGCGUAUUCCUCUAUCGAGAAAGCUGUUGAUCAACCAGUUCUGCCUCAUCUCAUCAUUACACUAAGCCGAACCGACAAUGCCAUCAACGAGGAGCAAUGGGACCCUCGCACCGCUGCAGAUAUGCUACUAGCGGCUCACCAAGAUAUCACGCAGGUUCCCGAACUUAUCAGAAUUGUUCGGGGGCUAAAGCUCAGCGGCCACAGUGUGAAGUCCGCAAAAGAGCUUCUCGAAUGCUUUUACCAGUCCAUUACAGUUGUUCGUAUUCCAACUAAAGGACGAUAUAUGCAGAUCGAUCAACAAAUCGGCAAACUCUACAACACAAUUAGACAGGGCCACGAGUUCGUACACAGAGAAGAGAUCCGUACGUAUGGUGCUUAA